CCCCUCCCUCCCCCCCCCUCUCUCUCCCUCGCUCUCUCCCCCCUUCCCUCUCAUCUCCCCCCUCCUCCCUGUCUCCCUUUCCCUCCCCCCUCCUUCUCCCCCUUUCCUCCGACCUUAGCUGCCUUCCUCCUCUCAACGAGAGGCCCACUUUUUCCGCGCCGAGAGCAUGUCGACCUUCGCCCGCAAGCUGGUCUCCAAGAAGAAGCGUCGCUUCGUCACCAAGGAUGAUGGCGGCUUUGACCUGGAUUUGACCUAUGUCACGCCCAACAUCAUUGCCAUGGGCUUCCCCUCGGAAAGCUUCGAGGGUGUCUACCGCAAUCCGAUGUCCUCGGUCGUGCGUUUCCUCGACAGCCGCCAUCCGGAGCGCUACCGCGUCUACAACCUCUGCUCCGAGCGUUGCUACGACCCAUCCAAGUUCUACGGCCGCGUGGCACGCUUCCCCUUCGACGACCACAACGCCCCGAUGCUCAGCCUGAUCCCGGCCUUCUGCGAGGAUGCGGCUUCUUGGCUGUCGCAGCAUCCGGAUAAUGUGAUCGCUGUCCACUGCAAGGCCGGCAAGGGUCGCACUGGCGUCAUGAUUUGCGCCUACUUGCUGUACUCGCGCCAGUGGCAGGUGGCCGCCGAGGCGCUGGCCUUCUAUGGGGCCGCGCGCACGGAAAAUGGCAAGGGUGUGACCAUUCCGAGCCAGCAGCGGUACAUCGACUAUUUUGCCAUGAUGCUGUCCGAGCUCGAGGCUGCCGGGCAUACGCUGCCCCUCAUUUCGCUGGAGCGCCCGGCUCCGUUGUCGCCCACCAGCCUUGGGACCGUUGUGGCGGCCAUCACUGAUGGCCCGCUGCCGGUGGCCCCGCUGACCGUCCCGGCGCCAUACCGCUAUGUGCCGCGGACUCUGCUGCUGGAAAACAUUGUCCUGGGAGAUCUGCUCGUCGGGUCGUCCAGCUCUCUGCAUCCCUUCGCCGUGGUUUAUUGCAAUGAGCAGAAGAUCGACACCACUGCCCCAUUCACGGUGACAUCCACCUGCAAGAAGACCGUAAGUCUGACCCUGUCGCCACCUCUGCCGGUUUUCGGCGAUGUGCGCGUUGAGUUCUUCACCAAGGACAAGUUCAAGAAGUCGGAGAAGCUCUUCCACAUGUGGUUCAAUACCUUCUUCAUCCCGGCUGACGGGGUUCUCUCGGUGCCCAAGUCCGGGAUUGACAAGGCCUGCAAAGACAAAAAGCAUGCCGUUUACAGCGAGAACCUUUCCAUCAAAAUCAGCCUGUCGGUGCCGGUUGGGUCGGAGGACGUUUCGAUUUGGUCGGCCCCGACGACGGCUGCUGCCACCGCCAGCAGCCCAGCCUCGCCUGUGGCGGCGGCACCGGUAUUCGUCGCUCAUGAGACCGCCACCGCCGGUGCCGAGACCGGGGUGGCUGACGAGUGCACCCCUGUGACCGCCGUGGAGGAGGAGGAAACCCCCGUGGCUGCGGUCGAGAAGUCGCCUUCCGUGACCGAAGAGGCGCUCGAUGAGGAGACGGCCGAGGAGGUGGAGCCGCAGCAGCAGGCGCCACCCCCUCAGGAGGUCGCCACUGUCAGCGAGCCCCAUGAGCCGGAGGAGGAGGAGGAGCAGGAGCCGGAGCCGGAGGAGGAGUCUGCCUCCUCGCCUGUUGCCCAGCUCCCUUCCGAGGAGGCCGUGACGGAGGAGGCCCCGGCCAUUGACUCGGAUGCGCACGAAACUCCGGGCGAGGAGGAUGAGUCCACUGCCCCGUCGUGUGAUGUGUCGGUGGCCGAUGGGUCGCCUGCUUCGCUGGAUGAGGCUACGGAGGAGUCCGAGGGUGCCGGUCCCGAGCCCGGCAGCCCGGUGGGCAGCACUCUGUCGGUGUCGACGACUGGCAGUGUGGCCGGCUGUGGGGCGGCCAGUGGGCCCACUGGGCAUGCUACCGAGGCUGUCAGCUCUCCGGCCACGGUCCGGCCGGCUGUGGUGUCUGCUGCGCCCGUGGCCGCUGCGCCGAUCAUCCCCCUGGGGGAUAGCUCAUCAGACAGCUUGUCGGAGGAUACCGAUAGUUCGGACGACGAUGACACCGACAGCAGCUACGACGACGACGACGACGACGACGACGACGACGACAGCGACGACGAUGUCAGCGAUGAUAGCGACAGUGAUUGAGCGGCAACAUGUCUUUGCACAAGCCUCAUCUCUGCCUCCUUUCUUCCCCACCUGUCCUUGUCCUUUUCCCUCCUUCUCCUCCCUCUGCCUCUUUUGUGUGUGUGUGUGUGUGUCUGUACGUGCGUGCACGCGCGCGUGCGCGCGCCGCCCCACCUGCGGUUUUGCGCUGGCGUCCUCCAUUAUUUUAUCCCCCCAUCCUGUUGUCUCCCUUUCCCGCUUUGUAUAUUCCGUUCCCCCUGCAGGCGGCUCUUCCUCCAUGAUAAACCAUCCAACCACUUUUCCUGCUUU